GGUCUCUGUGGCUCCCGGCACUUCCGCCGGAAGCGGGCGCACGUCUCCAGGAGCAAGACGCGGUGCUGAGCCCGUUCCUGGCUGGUGCCCCCCGCAGCGCGACCCCGGGGGUGGCGGCGGCGGCCGGCCCGGUCCCUUUCGCCGCAGGGGCCGGGCCCAGCAUGGCCUUCGCCGGCCGCCGCGACGCGCCCGACGGGCCGGACUUCACCGUGCUCAAGCGGCUGGCGCGAGACCAGCUCAUCUACCUGCUGGAGCAGCUCCCCGGGAAGAAGGACCUGUUCAUUGAGGCAGAUCUGAUGAGCCCCCUGGACCGAAUCGCCAAUGUCUCCAUUCUCAAGCAACAUGAAGUGGACAAGCUGUACAAAGUGGAGAACAAACCCAUCGUUAGCACUAGUGACCAGUUGUGCUUCUUAGUCCGGCCACGGAUCAAGAACAUGAAGUACGUUGCUGAUAUUGUCAAUGCUGACAAGGCGAUGGGGAGGAGCCGGAAGUACAAGAUUAUCUUCAGCCCCCAGAAGUUUUACACCUGUGAGCUGGUGCUGGAGGAAGAGGGAAUCUAUGGUGAUGUGACCUGUGACGAGUGGGCCUUCUACCUGCUCCCCCUGGAUGACGAUCUCCUCAGCAUGGAGCUGCCUGAGUUCUUCCGGGAUUACUUCCUGGAAGGGGAUCAGCGCUGGAUCAGCACAGUCGCUCGAGCUCUGCAGUUGCUGAACUCCCUCUUUGGGCCUUUCGCUAACACCUAUGGGAUUGGCAGGUGUGCCAAGAUGGUCUAUGAGGUGUGGCGAGAGCUGGUGGAGGAGAGCGAGGGUGACAGCCAAGCCAGGAGGCCUGACAUCAGCCAUGUCUUCCUCAUGGACCGAGAUGUGGAUUACGUCACGGCGCUCUGCUCCCAGGUGGUGUAUGAGGGGCUGGUGGACGACACGUUCCGCAUCAAAUGUGGGAGCGUGGAUUUCGGGCCAGACGUCACCUCCUCUGACAGGAGCUUCAAAGUGCUGCUCAAUGCCCAGGACAAGGUGUUCAGCGAGAUCCGGAACGAACACUUCUCCAACGUCUUCGGCUUCCUGAGUCAGAAGGCACGGAACCUGCAGACGCAGUACGACCGACGUUGUGGGAUGGACAUCAAGCAAAUGAAGAACUUUGUCUCCCAGGAGCUGAAGGGGUUAAAGCAGGAGCACCGCCUGCUGAGCCUGCAUAUUGGCGCCUGCGAGUCCAUCAUGAAGAAGAAAACCAAGCAGGAUUUCCAGGAGCUGCUAAAGACUGAGCACUCUCUCUUGGAGGGGUUCGACAUCCGCGAGAGCACCAGCUACAUAGAAGAGCACAUCGACCGGCAGGUCUCCCCCAGCGAGAGUCUGCGCUUAAUGUGCCUCCUGUCGGUCACGGAAAACGGGCUGAUCCCUAAGGAUUAUCGCUCCCUGAAAACCCAGUACCUCCAGAGUUAUGGGCCUGAGCACCUGCUGACCUUUCAUAACCUCAAGCGCAUCGGGCUGCUGACAGAGCAGGCCCCAGGGGAGACCCUGACUGCCAUGGAGAGCAAAGUCAGCAAGCUGGUGACUGACCGAGCAGCAGGGAAACUCACAGACGCUUUUAAUUCUCUGGCCAGGAAGAGCAAUUUCCGAGGCAUAAGCAAGAAGCUGGGCUUGAUCCCCCAUGUUGAUGGUGAAUAUAACCUGAAGCUGCCCCGAGACAUGGCUUAUGUCUUCAGUGGGGCCUACGUCCCCCUGAGCUGCAAGAUCAUUGAACAGGUGCUGGAGCGCAAGGGCUGGCUGGGCCUGGAGGAGGUGGUGCGCCUGCUGAACGGCAAUGAGUUUGCUCCUACAGAGCCGCUCAUGGAGGAGAAUCCCGCCUGGGAGGCGCAGCGUGUCAUCCUCGUAGUCUUCCUGGGAGGCUGCACCUUUUCUGAGAUCUCUGCUCUCCGAUUCCUGGGGAAGGAGAAAGGAUACAAGUUUAUAUUCCUGACGACAGCCAUCACAAGCAGCGCCAGGCUGAUGGACGCCAUGUUAGAGGCGAAGGUGUGAGGUGGGGUGAGCCACGGCCCUGCCAGAACAGCUUGUGCCAGCCAGGGUCACAUUCCACAGUGGACACUGCCCAGGCACUGCAUAUGUGACACUGGAGUGUUAUACAUCAGCAGCCGGAGCGGGGCAGACACGGAGCCUAUCCUGCCAUGAGCCUCUCCUUGGGUUUCCCGAAGGCUGCAGAUUGGGGUUUAAAUGGAUGAAGAGACCUUCAGUGGGUGCGGGGGGAGUGUCUCUGGGGAGGCUAGAUGAGGGAAGAAGCUGUUUCUCCAAUCCAAACCCAGGGUGUUUGAGUCUCUGCCAUGUUUCAGGCCCCUAGGGCCACUGUCUAGGCAAGUCCCUGUGCUUGGUGUAUUGGUGCUUCUACCAUUGGGUCAGUGGCUUGUUAAGGGAUCUCACUGGCCUUUUGGGUUCUUAUUUGUGCCCCGGCUCCCACCCUUGGCUGCCUUCUCGUCCCUGGACAGAUGUCAGUACUUGGGGCCACGGGUGACGCCACGCUGUUAGCAGCACUGCCUUCGUUCCCCACCGAGGCCUGUUUACCUGGAGAAGUGAAUAGGCAGAGGGAGCUGGCUUCUCCUGGAGUCACAAGUGAAAAUGAAUUGCAUUGUUACCUGAA